AUGCCCUCUAGUGAAGAGGUAAUACGUAUCCUUGAUUACAAUACGCCCCGAUCCGAAGGGAUAAUAGGGGCGCCUAAGCAGCCCAUCAUAAACAAAGGUCCCAUUGGGAUUGGUCCAACAGAGCCACCACAUGUCUAUAGAGUGCUGUCUCACCUUGGGAGUGAUUUGGAUUGGGUGGUCAAAGAUGGAGUAGUGAGAAAUAUUGAAAAAAUUAUUGAGCUUCCAAAUUUUUUUCAGGGAGUAGGACGCAUCAAGAACAUAUGUUUCGUUGCUGGUUAUGAAUCUGGCAGAGAAGCGUUACGUAAGGCGGUGGUUGUUGGAACGUUUAAUCCUAGUGCUGCCAGUUCCACCUCUAGCCAUUCAAGGGAGAUGGUUGAGGUGUUUGACUCAUUCAUUUCCCGUGACUAUGCUUCCAUGAUGAAGUUGGGGUCCCUUGAUCUUGAUUUCCUUUGCCAAUUGUGUGCAUAUGAUGAUCAUGGGGGAGUAGGUCCUAGUAGCAAUGCCAAGAUCAUAGGCUUGGAUGGAGGAGCUAGUAAAUGA